AUGGCUGGAGUUGGUGAGGUUGCUGCCGACUUCAGCCCAAAUUCAACAGAUGUGGGCUCUGGGUUUUUGUUCACACUUCUGCUCCUAUCAGUUUUGUCUGGGAGCUCCGACGCCCAACCCAGAAACCCUAAUAGCGUAGUGGCCCAAGAUGGGUCCGGAAACUUCACCACAAUCGCUGAAGCACUCCAAGCCGCUCCGGACAACAGUCCUCAAAUAUACUAUAUCAAGAUCCGACCCGGAAAAUAUAUGGAGAAUGUGAUUGUGGAUAUCACAAAAACAAACAUAGCAUUCCUUGGAGAGGGUAUGGAUACCACCAUCAUAUCCGGCAACAAGAGUUUUGGUGCCGGAUAUCAAACCUCCCAAACAGCUACUGUCGUGAUAAAAGCUCCAGGAUUCAUCGCGAUGGAUGUUACUUUUGAAAAUACUGCGGGCCCGUAUUAUGGCCAAGCACUGGCGUUGACUAGCGAGAAUGAUUACAUUGCAUUCUACAGGUGCAGAUUUCUUGGGUAUCAAGAUACCCUAAAUCCCCAAAGUGGAAUUCAAUUUUUUCGAGAAUGUGAAAUUUAUGGAACCGUAGAUUUCAUAUUUGGAGACGCUACAGUGGUGAUGCAAAAUUCUAUUAUUUACGCGCGAAAACCUCUUGAUGGUCAAUCAAACGUAAUCACUGCCCAAGGAAGAUCUGUGCCUACAUCAAGCACAGGAACAGUGAUUCAAAAUUGUUCGAUAAAGGCUGCACCGGAUCUCCUUCCUUAUAAGUCACAAAUUAAGACAUAUUUGGGAAGGCCAUGGAAGGAUUACUCAAGAUCAAUCAUCAUGCAGAGUAACCUUGGUGAUUUUAUAGAUCCCGCAGGAUGGCUUCAAUGGGAGGGAGCCCCUAAUAGGUCUAAGACGGCAUACUAUGUUGAAUACGAUAAUACAGGUCCUGGAGCCAACACUGCUGGUAGAGUUCAAUGGCCAGGAUAUCAUAUCCAAACUAACCCUACCACUGUCAUGAAUUUUACUGUUAGAAACUUUAUUAGGGGGGAUCGUUGGAUUCCCAAGACUGGGAUCCCUUUUUUUCUUGAUCUAAUGUAA